AUGCAUAAAACGGAAACAUCAUGCUCGAAAAUAUUGAAUAUUAUUGAAGAAUGCGCAUUAUCGUAUGAACGAGCAAUUGAAGAUGCUGAACAACAAAUUCAAAUAGUUACACAAAAGGUAAUAAAUGAUUUUUCAGUCGUAAGGUUAAUGUAGAUGAAAUAAAAAUUAUGAGCGUUAUGAGACUUUCUCAGAAUCCAAUGACUAGAAAAGGAUAGUAAUCUAUUUGCUUCUGUACAAAAUGUUCACUAUAACACGUUCACAGAAAUAGUGAUGAUAAUGAUUCUUGUACUAGGUAGUAUUUUAUUGUAUUCUUCUUUUAUCAUUUAAGUUCCUGAUCGUAACUUUAAUUAAGCCCCCCCCCCAAAAAAAAGUCAAUUUUCGUCAAAAAUUCCGAAAUUGAGAUAAAUACAUGGGGAGAUAGCUCGUCAUCUGCUCUUUCAUAAACGAUAAUUUGUGUUUCUCGUUACUUCAUUUUUCCCAAAAAAUGUUCAAAAUUUCCGUCAAAGGCCUAUUCGAAAAACCAGCUGUUUUUUGAAAAAUCAAAAAAUGUUUUUCGCUUUUUCUCAGUUUCCUCUUUCUCAAAAGCACAUCCCAAAUUUCUCCUUCCUGGCUCGUUCAAUAUAUUAAUAUUUUUUCUUUGUUUGAAAGAGCAUCUCAAGGCGCAGGGCACACGGAAGCCGCUUUUUUAAAUUAAGCCUUUGUUUGGUCAAUAUACAGCCAGUUAUAUGAUUUGGUUACCAUUUUUUGACACUUUUUUCAGUCAUUGAACUUGUGAUCCCUUUUUUGCGCUUA